AAUUUUCCAGAGCUGAAAAGAUAAAAUAAUGAAACAAAACUAUGCGUUUCACAUUAACAAAUUAAAAAAAGGACUUUGAUUGAGUUUGUGGGAUGGGUUUUGCUGAAGUACCGCUUAAUCUCGCAUGACAUCUUGAAGCUUUCAGGCUUGGCGAUGCCAUUAGAAUGUGUUCCUUACCAUGCUUUUAAGAAAAAUACUGGACAAUUUUAGUGGGAUUAUCAGCACACACAGGCAACGCAAUCGGGUUUUGUCCUCUAAUGAAUACAACAAUCCCCACAAGAAAACCGUUUUAGGCCAAAGCAUUUAUCUGACGGAAUCAAUAAAACUAAUAGCACGUGAAACGUAAAAUAUACCUAUGACAAUGACUAAACAUAAUGCACGUGUUCCUUUACAAAUUGCAUUAUACAAACUCAAAAAAGUAAAACAUACCAUAUUGCUUGGAGACAAUCUUAUCAAUUGGGCUUAUUAAAUUAAUAAUCUAUUUAUUUUUGUUGGGCUUUCUUCUAGGUCCAGUAUACACUUUUGAUCAUGCACGACGCACGUACAGCGCACGUUAAGGAAACGAUGCGACAAGACUCCUAUAUAUCCUCCUUUACCUCAUCACAUUUCUUCCCAACAUUUUCAAACAAUGGCAAAACUUAGCAUUUGCAUGCUUCUCAUGACAUUUUUAUUCUCCACCUUGUGCAUUUUUUCAAGCUCGGUUACAGCUACCUUUCCAAGAUCACCGAGACGUUCCCGGCUCCAAGCCUACAUAGAGGCAUCGUGCCAGACCACCCUGUAUCCGGCUCUAUGCGUUCACAGCCUCUCCACCUACAUCGGCUCCAACACCACCAUACAAAACCCAAAGCAACUGGCUCAAGUGGCCUUGAAGGCCAGCCUGAACAGGGCUCUGUACACAAGGGCGUACCUGAAGAAAGUGGCUAAUGAACUCAAGGCAAUCAAAGCCAAAGAAUACCAGACGGUGAAAGACUGCUUGGAACAGAUAAACGACAGUGUGGACCAGCUCAGCCAGUCUAUCAAGGAGCUUCGUCGUUUGGACGGAAAAGAACAACAAGGUGCGGGUGGCGGCGGCGAUGAUUUGUUCUGGCACAUAAGCAACGUGGAGACGUGGGUUAGCGCGGCGUUGACCGAUGCGAGCAGUUGUGUGGAUGAGUUCCCAGGUCAAAGGAUGAGCAAGUUGAAGGCCACCGUCAAAGGGAAAGUCCUCAAUGUGGCUCAGCUUACUAGCAACGCCUUAGCUUUGUUCCGCCGGUUCGCUUCCAGGUAUCAGGCCAAGAAGCCGUGAUAAUGAUGAUAAACAGUUGGUGUUGUGCUAAUUUUGUGGAAAAUAAUGUUGUCGCAUAAUUAUUUUUUUCUUUGUUGGUGUAUUUGUUAAUUUGUGUGUGUCAUGUAUGCAGUCGAUGAAAGGCAUGUGAAUAUGUGUACCUAUCAAGUUUUGUUCAUUAAUUGUGUAUGAUCAUUUUUUUUUUUUUUUUUGGGGCGUAUAUUAAUA